AUGAAGACGAAGGUUAAAAUAAACGCAGUCUUGGAGAAGAAACUUGAAGAACUCGAGUGUCUUCGUGAAGCACUCAAUUCUAACUACGAUGAUACCAAUCUCCACCGGGAAAUUCAACUCCGGGUUAUUUUUGCUCAGACCCUUUUAACGGCUGAGAUUGUGUCGCGACAGGUUGAUAUGGAAGGACAAGAUUACAGCGAAGAAAGGCUGGAACUUGCUUGCAUGGCUAAGAAGUUGAAGGAUCUCGAGGAGGCUGUCAAAACCAACCAACGGUCCGGUCAUGAUGAUAUUUCGGUGAUCGAAUUGGAAACUAAUGAUGGUGUUGUCGACGGUGAAACCGGUUCGGUGUACUCUUUGGUCGAAUCUUGUGAUGACGAAUUUGGUAAAGCAGAGGAAGAGGAAGAGGAGGAGGAGGAAGACGCCGAGCAAUGUCCAUUAUUUCAAGAUGCGUCAUCGGAGGAGAAGGGAGAAGUGGUUAUGUUCCCGGCAGUGUCGGAGGACGAGGAAGAUGUGGCUGUUAUUGAAGUCAAAAAGAAGGGGCGGGGGAGUUUUAGGGGUUUGGUUUGCGUCGGUUUAGUUGGUUUAGUUGGUGGGAUGGUUAGUUUAUUAGGUUAUAUUGGUGAUGAAAUGAAAGAGGAUUGUUAUUUUCCUACCCCUACGUAA